GAUUUGUUACUACUCUACAGGCAUACCAAAAAUGCCCGAAACAAUCGACGGCUACAGUCGAAGGCGACCCCGUUCACCGUCUGAUUCACCAGACCCCGACCGUGAGCAGCGACAUCGACUGCGAGCGCGCGAUGACGACAACGACAACAACAACAACAACGAUCGUGGCGGCGGUUCGCGACACUGCGACAGGGAUCGAAACUCGCGAAGAGACGGCUCCCGACGGAGAAGACGUUCAUCACGCAGCCCGGAGGAACGAGGAACCCAUAAAAGAGACCAUAGACAUCAUUACAGAGACCGAGGUCGGGGGGAAGAAACCCCAGAGGAUAAAGAAGACCGGAGGCAACAUCAGCACCGGCCUUCUACUUCCUACCAGAGAUCCUCGCACCGUCGUCAUCACGACCGAAAAAACUCUGCUCAGAGACGCCGCGACGACCCCCGAUCCCGCUCCCUUUCCAGACGCUCGCGAAGUCCGGACUCACGCGCUCCUGUACGAUCAACGCAACCACUCCCCCCUCAGAAAGACUCAUAUACCUCAUCUCAAAUGGCAUCGGUAGGAGAGUCAACAGGCCCUCCUCCGCUGGAGAAGGAGAAACCGAAUUUCGCCCAAACAGGGCGAUUGGCUGCCGAGAGCAAGACCGUGGACAUCAAUGGCAGCUCUGUUGUUCUCAAAUACCACGAACCUCCAGAGGCGCGCAAGCCGCCGGCAAAGGAACCCUGGCGUCUAUACGUGUUCAAGGAGAAGGAUCUUCUUGAGAUAGUAGAGCUGAAUGUCCGUAGCUGUUGGCUCAUAGGGCGGGAACAUCUGGUGGUUGAUUUUCCUUUGGAGCAUCCAAGUUGCUCCAAACAGCAUGCAGCGCUGCAAUUCCGCUUUGUCGAGAAGCGGAAUCAGUUUGGAGACCGGAUUGGGUCUGUUAAACCAUAUACAAUCGACCUGGAGAGCGCCAAUGGCACCACAGUGAAUGGAAGUGUAAUUCCCGCCGGGCGAUACGUUGAAUUACGAGAUAAGGAUGUUCUGCAGUUUGGGUUGAGCACCCGCGAAUAUGUUCUUAUACUAUCCCCACUUUGAGCGGGGAUAUUAUUCUGAGGAAUAUACCAGCCUGGUUAUAUUACACAUCUCACUGGUGAAAAUAAAAAUAGUCGGUCUUGCUCUAUUUCCACUAACACGCUGUCUAUAUAAAAACCAUCAUGGCCGAA